AUGAGUUCCAGACUACACAAUGGAAACGAUGUGUAUGAAAAGGCUGAAGAAUACUGGAGUCGAGCAAGUCAAGAUGUCAAUGGAAUGCUGGGUGGAUUUGAAACACUUCACACUCCAGAUAUCACAGUGUCAAAACGAUUCAUCGAGGGUUUGAAAAAACGGAAUCUCUUCGGAUCAUACGAUUACGCAUUGGACUGUGGUGCAGGAAUCGGACGUGUCACAAAACAUCUUCUGAUGCCACUAUUCAAGAAAGUCGAUAUGGAAGAUCUCGUCGAAGAACUAAUCGUCAGCAGUGAACAAUACAUUGGUUCAGAUCCACGGAUUGGAGAAAAGUUCAUCGAAGGAAUUCAGACGUUCGCUCCUCCAGAAAGACGUUACGAUCUCAUUUGGAUUCAGUGGGUGUCAGGACACUUGGUCGAUGAAGAUCUCGUUGCUUUCUUCAAGCGAUGUGUGAAAGGACUGAAACCAGGCGGUUGCAUUGUGCUCAAGGACAAUGUAACGAAUCACGAAAAGCGAUUAUUCGACGAUGAAGAUCAUAGCUGGACGAGAACGGAGCCAGAACUAAUGGAAGCGUUCAAUGGGGCAGAUCUUGAUAUGGUGGUCAAAACGAUACAAACUGGAUUCCCGAAAGAAAUUUAUCCAGUCAAGAUUUUCGCAUUGAAACCACGCCGUCAAGAAACUUCCGACGAUAACUAA